ACUUUGUCUUUUUAUUGAACUUUUUUGAUUUUUUACAUGACCAUUGUGUAGUGGCGGCUGCGGUGUCGUCAAUGUGUGCAGUGAAGUAUUCCUUUCAACUGUGAUUGAAAUUCAUUGGACACUUUUCAGAAACUAGGUUUUGCAGUCUGUGUCAUUACGUUAACGUACAGAAAGUCAGCAUGUCGGUUGCAUUUGCGUCCCAUCAGAAAGGACGGCAUAAUCCUAGUCCAGCGCAAAUUCAGAAAAUGCUUGAUGAGAACAGCCAAUUGAUUCAAGCAAUAGUGGACUAUCAAAACAAAGGCAAAGCUUCAGAAUGCCUCCAGUAUCAGCAAAUCCUACACAGGAACCUGGUUUACUUGGCAUCUGUUGCAGAUGCAGGCCCGGUAGUUCAAGCAUUUCUUCCACCGCCACAAAACACUGGUCCACCAGCAGGAGGUCAAGACAUGAGUCAGGGGUCUGGGCCUAUGGGAGGUCCUCCCAUGUCCCAGGCCUCGCAUCAGCAAGUUCCGUCACCACAGCAGGGUCCACAACAAGCGUACCCAGGCAUGCAGGGCACUGCAGGUGUUGGUGGUUCAUCCCAGCCUCAGAUGGGCAACCACAGCAGUAAUGUUGGUGGACCUGGGAGCAUGUACCCUCCAGGCAGGGGUGGAGGACACCAUUCAUCAAUGAUGCAGCCUUCAUCCAUGCAGGGUGGUCAGCAACACCAUCCAGGACAGCAACACACUCCUCCAAUACAACAGCAGCAACCAACUCAGCAUCCAGGCACGCAGCAGUCGGGGCAUCAUCCUGGGGUGCCACAACAGCAGCAGCCACAGUCCCAGCACCCGACCAUGCAGCAGCAAACUGGACAGCAUCUCUCAAUGCAGCAGCAACAGCAUUUGGCAAUGCAACAACCUCAACAGUCUCAACAGCCUCAGCAGCAGCAGGCACAUCCUGGGAUGCAGUCACAACAGCAAUCCCAGAGUCACCAACAACACCCUGGAAUGCCUGCACAACAGCCACAACAGCAGCAGCAGCAUCCUGGAAUUCAGCCACCACAACAGCAUUCAGGGAUGUCUCAGCAACAGCCCCAUCCAGGAAUGCAGCAGCACCCUGGAAUGCCGCAGCAGCAAACUCCGCAGCAUCCAGGACAGCAUCCUGGAAUGCAGCAGCAGCAACAGCACCCAGGUAUGCAACAGCAAAGUGCACAGCACCCAGGUAUGCAGCCGCAGCAGGCGAGUGGGCAACACCCUGGAAUACCUCAGCAACAACAGCAGCCUCAUCACUCUGGGAUGCCACAGCAGGCACAGCAGCAGCAACAGCAGCACCCUGCAGCACCCACACAGGCACAUAUGCAGCAAGGACAACCAGGCAUAGCAUCUCAUCUGCAGAGCCAUCCCCCGCAACAGCCAAUGGCAGCACAAGGGGCAAAUCAACAGAUGGGCAAUGCACAGUCAUCCCAGCAGCAGCAGCAUUCGUCACCGCCACCUCAUCAAGGAGGCCCAGGAAGUGCGGGAAGUAGUGGACCCACUCGUUCUCCUCAGGGGCCCUCUCCACCUGCUUCACAGCCACAGCACAUGCCAUCCCAGCAUCAUACAGCAUACGCAGCUACUCAAGCAGCUGCAGCAUUGCCCCAGUCCAGUCGCUCCAGUCCAUCUCCCAGCCAGACCUCAUCAGCUGGUGGAACAGCAACAACUCAGAGCUACACACAUCCUCAACAUUCUCAGCAAGGAAAUGCAGUGCCACCCCAGCAAAACCAAACAGCCCAGUCACCAUCGAUGUACAAUUCUCCUCAAGCCAGUAAUGCCCCCCAGCAUUCCCCAUACUCGCCCCAUGUCCCUCCUUCCCCUCAGCCUCCAUUGGCCACACCGCAGGCUUCACAAACUCCUCCACAGCAAGGCAGUGCUCAGGCACAGCCUCAGCAACGCCCCCCCUCCCAACCUUCCCCCACAACUCCCCAUGCCACCCCGCAUCCAACAGCCCAGUAUGGAUCCAAUUCGGGUAAUCAUAAGCCGACCCAGCCACAGCCUGCUGGGUACCAACCAUCGGCCGCAGCCAGCCACACCUAUCAGGCAUCUGGUUCACCAGGCUUUCAGCCCACUCCUUCAGCUCAGUCACCAAAUCCCAAUCAACCGAGCCAACAAUCUGCACAGGGUUACUCACAGUAUGGAUCUAGUGGGUACCCAUACAGUGGAAUGUCAUACGGCUAUACUGGAGGAUACCCUGGCGCUCAGAGUGGGUACAUGGGAUACCCGCAGAGGUAUCCUAGUGGAUAUCCACCAUACGCACACUACAGAAGUCCUCAGCCAUUAGCUGGCCACUCUGCAAUACCCCCAACUGGAGCUGCACAGCCAUCCACUUAUGGCGGCUAUGAGCAGCAGGGGUAUCCCCCAGGAAGCUAUCCCCAAGGGCAGUAAAAAUGUAUGGUGAAGGGAGGCCCUAACAACAUGCCACAUGUGUAUAUUGUUUGUUUAAGCCUUGCUUAAACCUUCAGAUUGCCAUAGUGAUUCAGGGCUUCAUUGACAUUGUUUUCGGAACAGUUUAGUUCGCCACUGGUGUUUAAACUACUGCAGUGAGGCAUUAUUCAGUGCAGCUAUUCUUAUCCUAAGGGUCUGAAGACCUCUAUUCAUUUUUAUUAUGUGCGGGGAAACCAAGAACAUGAAUUGUCAUCACGCUAAAACAUUUGUCACCCUUUUGUGGCAUGUGCUCUGCGUAUGUACAUUGUAGACAUGAAAUGAGGUGUGUAAUUGUGUUUCAGGUGACGAACGCAAUGUUUUGACCAAAGUCUAAAAUCCCAUUCUCGUAGAUUGCGUAAAACUAGUAACUUUAAAGCUCAGUGCAGGGUUACUUCAUGCCAAAUGAAACUGGCUGGUCUUGCAGGCCUCUCUGAUUAUUUUCCUUCCAACAUAUAUGGAAGCCCUAUGCCCAGGAAGCAUAUCAGUUGUGGAAGUAUUUGAAAAUUGUCAAUAGGUUUUUUCAAUUAGCACUAAUAAAUGAAGAUUUUGAGCACUGCACUCCUUUGCAACUUACUUUGCCCCUAUCUGAACUGGAAUUUUUUUACUGUGCUAUUUCAUCAUGGACAAUGCCUGUGAGCAAUAUGAACAAUGCUGUGAGAGGGAAAAUAUGCUCAAUGCACCCCCUAAAGUUUACACAUUGUUGCCGGACCAUUUUUCUGUAAGCGUACGCUAGGAGCGCCUGUUUCAGAUCACCCAACAACAUACUUGGCGCCAGCAGAAAGGGCGUUUCAGGGCAGAUGAGGGGCUGCCAAUCACAUUAAGAUGUGCCCAUUUGGAGCAAAGCAGUGAGGCACAGAAAAAACGGAAAAUUAUACGAAUGAGUGACUGAUUUCUUUACUGCACAUCCCCAAAGCCAAGAACCUCACGAAGCAAUUUGAGAGUACACCACAACAUUGAUCCCAUGUAGGCAAAAAACAAAACAAAAAAAACUAAUAGGGCUCUGUGCCUUUAAUAGUUUCGAAGGUAUACAAGUCCUGUGAGUUGAGAAGAAAUGCAAUGAUAAAAUUUUUCAUUUUUCAAUGUUAAUUCAAAAAACUAGUGGGUGAUCUUCCAAUACUUUCAUGACUGAUAUGCUUCUUAGACACUAGGUGUCCACAUACAGAGUAUGCAUUUUUAUCUGUUCCGGAUAAAAAAAAAAAAAGUUUUUGCAGGUAGGCUCUGUGGCCAGGCAGAUACCCUGUGGGAAAGUGCAUGUAACUACUGGAUGACUAAUUACCUAAAAGUAACUUUUUAAUUAAUGUUUUUAGGAAAAUGUGAGACAGUAGAAUUGGAGGCAAUUAUUAUUAUUUGAGUCCAUCCUCCCUCUUUUUUUCUUUUUU